AUGGCCCCACUACACCUAACACGCGUGCAUCCACUACGUCAUAACGGAGCCUGGUCCUGUGAAGCAACUAGUGCGGACGGCAUGCGGGUGGUUGAUCAGUUAGUCCAAUUGCACGUGAUCCCACGCACGUUUGACAAACCAUUCGGACAUCCACGUGUGGAACCGGUCACCGAACGCGUUGUCCAUGUGCCCGAAGGAGGAACCUUGUUCCUGGCUUGCUCCUUCUUGAAAACGGGACAAAAUGAGGGCUACUUCUACGAGGAACGUAUCAAAUGGACUCGACCGCAGUAUGUUUUAUUCAACAAAUUCAAGUACCUUCGCAUUGAUCCCCAGAACCAGCAAUCAUAA